AUGUUUCGGCCGUGGGUCCCCGAUCCAGGGACAAAAAAGGCGACACGGAUACCUGGAACCCAUAAACCGGGGGUUUACCCGGGCUCGUCACUAGUUCCUCAAAAUUUAAGCCGUUGGCUAACAACCUCCGGUUGUAGGCAAUGUGGGCGCAAAUACAUGGGACAAAAGGCGACACGGAUACCUGGAACCACCGGGCCGCCCAGGGAGAGAGGGAAGGGUAACCCCCCCGGGGGAAGGGACGGAGAAUAUCCACCCAUACUCCCCCUUAUGGCGAUGGGUGGUCCGGAAGGUGGAGACGUCCCUGGAGACCACAGGGCGGGCUAUAGCCCUUUGGCCCUGAACAGAUUAUACCCUCCGAGGGCCAUUUCCCUGUGUGGUUUCCGGUCCCCUUCACUCCUUAUAGAUUCGGCCCUUGAAG